AUGACUGUGCAGUUACUUUUCUCUCUAUCCGCUCUAUUUUCCCUUUCAGAUGCUGGUGACAUUCAGCAGUCAGAGGACAAGCUGCUGGAGUACUUGGGAGUGGUGAUCUAUGAAGCCCUGGACUGGGGAAUCAACAGCCAAGUGGAAAGAGAACUGAGUGAUCCUUUGGAGAGACUGCUGUGCUUCAUGUUGAAACUGGAUGAUGAGGCAACGAAACCAGCAGUUACCCUGCAGGAUGUUAUCAAGGCCUGUGAGGACCACUCGUCAAGGCCUUCUGAGGCUACCAGCCAUUAUGAAAUGACCUGUAGGAACCUGUUUACUGAAUACAUAGAGCUUCAGGAGAUUGUGACCAUCAUCCAGACCUCCAAAGAGAGACUGAGAAAAAUGGAUGUGGAAGAUUUGGUGGAAAAUCCUCUUCAGAAGAAGGAAAAACACUGGGGAGCACCGUGGCCCAGCCUCAUGCGGGAACUGCAGAACGGUGUCAGGCUGCGCAAGGCCACUGAGCGACUGCGCAGCCAUGUGCCUCCAAAAGAAGUUAUCCGUUCUCCCUAUGAGUUACUUUUGGAUGAUAUUCAGCACAAGAGGUACACCCUUCGGAAGGUGAUCAUCGAGCAAAAUCACAAGAACCCAGGCAAUGAUGUAACUACUCCCAAACAUCUAAAACCUGUGCUGGAGAGGAAGAUGAAAGAGUGUGCACCAUGGGAUGAACAGCUCAUGGUAGAAAUAAAACAACCAGAGAAGCUCCAGUCAGUAGCAGCAAGGGAAAAUGGGAGCAGGCCCGAAGAAACACUUGUGAGAACACGUGUUGCCUUGAAAUCUCCAGGCGAUAGUUUCUCAGCUCUCCAAGAUGCCAGUACCAAGUUUAUCAAUACUACAACACAGCAGCUGGGACAAGGAGUCCAGGAAACCACUCUCAAGCUGCCUUCCAGCACCCGGCUUGCUUCAGCCAGGCCAUCAGUAGUAUCCUGCAAUGGCACAGGUCUUGCUUCAAAUUGCACGUGUCCUCCCAUGAGCGCACCCACACUAGAAGACAUUAAACCUAAUGGUUUCCUGAAUGCUGGCCAACAGCAGCAGCCUCCAUGCAGAGGAAGGUCCAAGUCUUUAGAGCCGGGCCUUCAAAGCAAGGAACUUGACUGUCCCUUUCCUAACAAGUGGCCUUCACCAACCAUAGCUGAGCUGAUUGGAACCAGAUAUGCAAUGGUGGUGCUGGAAGGGCAAGGCUUCUUCCAUGGAAGUAGUGAUAUUGUCUUCCCAAGAGCAAAGAUCUGUUUCAGCUGCCAUAAGCAGAUGUUUCUUAAGUGGCCUUACAGCUGUUACCUCUGCAGCAGCAUUGUCUGCUGUGACUGCUGCAUGAAGGUGUCUAUGCCCUUCAGAACUUGUGUACAUCUCCCACUUCACUUCUUAAAACUUUUGAGACUCUCCAGAGAGGAGGACCCAUCUAUUCAAGAGCAGAAGAUCUUGGAACUGCUACGUGAAAUAGAACACCGGGAGCAUUUUGGCGUACCUGUUAUUUUGGAACCUCGUUGCCUAGCACAGCCUCUGUGCUAUUACGCAGGGACCAUGGGACAUUGGCUGACUGUAGACAUCUGUAUGCAAUGUGAACAGUAUCUGUUGAACAUGGCUUCCCGUCAACAGCAGAGCAUCCGUCUCAGGAGAAUUUCCUGGCCUUGAACCAAACUGGAAUGACUCUGCCAUACAUUUCUCCUGUCACUUGUUCUGUACCUGAAGUAAAUGAAACAGCUUUAUGUAUCUACUGACAUAAAGGCCUGAAUGGAAGUCCUCCCUGCUGGUUAGUAUUUGUGUACUGUGAAGUAUUGUAAA